AAAGGGAAAGACAAGAAAAAACGGAUUUUCCGGGUGAAGGUUAGAAACCAGAAAGAAAGAAAAUUUAAUUCUGUGUAGAGAUUUUUUAGGGUUUCUUAAUUUUUUUUGGUUUGUUCAGAGGAUUGAAUUUGGUUUUGUGGUUUCCUGGAAAUUGAAUUCUGCAGAGACUUUGGACCUUGAGUCUCUUUUUCUUCUUCUUUUUGGUUUUGUAAAUUUCGCAAAUAGGUUCGCUUUUUGCAGAGAGAAGGAGAGAUAUGGCUAUGGCUAUGGCUUCUUCUUCGUCGUCUUCAGCAAGUGUCGCGGUGGAGAAGGCAACCAGUGAUCUUUUAAUUGGUCCUGAUUGGACUAUGAAUAUUGAUAUAUGCGAUUCUGUUAAUUCUAAUCAUUGGUUGGCAAAAGAUGUUGUUAAAGCUGUUAAAAAAAGGUUGCAGCACAAGAACCCUAAAGUGCAACUACUGGCUUUGACGCUUUUAGAAACAAUGGUGAAGAAUUGUGGUGACUUUGUACAUUUCCAAAUUGCUGAAAAGAACAUAUUAGGGGAGAUGGUCAGAAUCGUAAAAAAGAAGUCUGAUAUGCAUGUAAGAGAUAAAAUUCUGGUUUUGUUGGACUCUUGGCAAGAGGCAUUUGGUGGGCCUGGGGGUAAACAUCCUCAGUACUAUUGGGCAUAUGAGGAACUAAGGCGUUCUGGAGUAGAAUUCCCCCAGCGUUCCUUAGAUGCUGCUCCUAUAUUUACACCCCCUGUCACCCAUUCAACAUUGAGGCAUUCUCAAGCUGGAUAUGGAAUGCCUAUCAAUUCUUCUAGAAGACUUGAUGAAACAAUGGCAACAGAGAGUGAAGGCUUAAGCCUAUCAAGCAUGGAUUCCAUUCGGAAUGUUAUGGAGCUGUUGAGUGACAUGCUGCAAGCUGUGAACCCUGAUGAUCGUGGGGCUGUAAAAGAUGAACUUAUAGUUGACCUUGUAGAUCGGUGUCGGUCCAAUCAGAAAAUAUUGAUGCAGAUGCUAACUACAACUGGGGAUGAGGAACUUCUCGGUCAGGGUCUUGAAUUAAAUGAUGGCCUGCAAAUCUUGCUUGUGAAACAUGAUGCUAUAGCUUCUGGUUCUCCCAUGCCAACUACUAAUUUGGCCCCUAAGCCAGGACAAUUAUCAAAUACCAAACCAAAUGAAGUAAAAGACUCUAGCACAAGUUCUAGCUCUAAUGCCACUGUUCCUGUUGCUAGUGUAGUGAGGAGCCAUAUUGAUGAAGAGGAUGAGGAGGAGGAUGAUUUUGCUCAACUAGCUCGGAGGCAUUCCAAAGCACGGUCAAGUCUGCCUCAGAGCGGAAGUGGAACCAGCAAGGCACUUGUGUCAGUGGACACCAGCACUGCAACUUCCUCUACUCCCAUUGCUUCAAGCCCUGCUCUGAGCAAUGCGCUGACUCUUACAGAUCCACCCGCACCAGUUAAAACUACAAAAGAGCAAGAUAUAAUUGACCUCUUGAGUAUUUCCUUAUCAACGUCACAUGUUACACCCACCCCUCAUACUCCAACAGCCUCUAACCAGAGUAUGCCUCAAGCAGCGGCCUCAAGCACACAAGGGAAUCCUUAUAGUUCCCAGAUAUAUUCUGAAAACCAAGGGCAGGCAACAUACAACAGUUAUGUUGUUCCAUGGGCCCAACCUCAACCUCAGCACCAGUUACAACAUCCAUCUCAGCCCCAGCAUCAAUUGCAACCUCAGUCUCAACCUCAGCCUCAGCAGCAAUUUCAUCCUCAAUCUCAUUUGCAACCGCAUUCUCCAACUCAGCAUCAGCAGCAAUUUCAACCUCAAUCUCAAUUUCAGACACAAUUCCAGCCUCGAACUCAGCAUCAGUUUCAAUCUCAAUCUCAAUCUCAACCAGCAAAUGUUCAGCCUCAGCCUCAGCAGCAAUUUCAACCUCAGUCUCAACCGCAACUACAUCCUCAGCCUGGGCAUCAACCUCAACAGCAAUUUCAACCUCACUCUCAAUCACAACUACACAUGCAGCCUCAGCUUCAGACUCAUCAGCAAUUUCAGCCUCAAUCUCAGCCGAACCAACAAUUCCAAGCUCAAUCUCAACGCCAAUUUCAGCCACAAUUGCAUUCGCAAUAUCAUCAAUACCCAUCUGGUUACCCCCCUCCGCCCUGGGCAGGCACACCUGGUUAUGCCAACGGGCAAAGUCAUAUGUCUACCACAAGCAAUGUGAACUCAACACUACAAGCCAACACGAGUGCUGUUUAUACACCUGCACAAGCAUCAAGGCCUAUGCUGAACAAUAAUGCCUUUUCAAGGCAAAGCAAUGGAUUAGCCGCGAACGAAGAUCCUCGAGUGAGUUCUGGUCCUCGGAACCCUACACCUCCAGGUCAAAAGCCCUUUAUUCCGACUUACAGGUUGUUUGAAGAUCUAAAUGUUCUUACCAAUACAGAUGGAAGAUUUAAGAUGACUGGUAGCACAUCACCCAGCUUGUCAGGACCUUCAACCCAAGGGAUGGUAGGCGGAAGGAAAUGAAAUGCUGGUAGUAGAACAGAAGAAACUGGAUAUAUAUCCUUGUGAAUAUGGUUAAUAUUGGCUCGCCUUACAGUUUGGAAUGUAUCUAAAAGGAGUAUGUGAGGUUUGUCAUUGCUUCGAUGUCUCUAGUUAUUGCAGUUGCUACGGUAUUUGUCUACCAUUCUUCUCAAUCCAUGAAAUUGAAUUGUUUUCUCGAGAUUUCUAAGCAUUGUGUCAAAAAAUGGCUCGUUGGUAGGAAGCUUAUUUCCAGAAUAUGAUCAUUCUGUGGUCUAUUCAUAUGGGGCGUCCUGUUAAGAUUUUGUUUCGGUGUAACCUGCUCUGGUUGACUAAUUACUGUGGAUAUAAUUGCCUUGGCUCGGUGAUGCAGAUAAAGUUCGCUAUCAAAUAAGGCAACUCUGCUUCUCUAGUAUAGUGAAAGUUAUUAGAUUGGACUGGUUACUGAAAUUUCACAAAUAUUUGGGUUCUAUAUAAGUCUCCAAUAACAUGUUUGGCAGAUAUUUAUGCCUACAAAUUGUAUGGUUUGGCCAGUGCGGUUGCAGUUUUAAUGCAUUUGAUUCCUCUGCCACCAA